GAGGCGUGGCCCGCAUCAAGAAGGCGUGGUCUUUCUCCCUCUUUAUUGUCGUCCAUGCUGGCUGGCAGCGGCUGCUGUGCACACACUGAUCAGCAGACCUCGGGUACACCUCCUCCCUGGGACUGCACUCUCCUCUCAUAGUUCCUGGAGGAUUGGGAAAAGGGUAAAGGAAACAUGGUGAACCAAAGAGUGGACAUCGGUUGGCAGUCCUCUAAGAGCGACUCCAGCGGGGUCAGUAACAGCGGAGAGAGCUCCAAAGAGAGCUCAAGGUGCUCAACCCCUGUACUGGACGCCGACCGUCUGCGGGACAAGAUGAAGCGCCGGAUUGAGUCUGGGGACUGCUGGUUCUCCCUGGAGUUCUUCCCACCUCGCACAGCGCCUGGAGCCGUCAAUCUUAUCUCUAGAUUUGACCGGAUGGGUUCUGGAGGUCCUCUCUUCAUUGACGUCACUUGGCAUCCGGCUGGAGAUCCGGGCUCAGAUAAAGAAACGUCUUCCAUGAUAAUAGCAAGCACAGCGGUUAAUUACUGCGGCCUGGAGAGCGUCCUGCAUUUGACAUGCUGCAAUCAGACAAAGGAGAAAAUAACAGCCCAUUUAAAUAAAGCCAAGCGGCUUGGCCUCAAGAAUAUCAUGGCCUUGAGAGGAGAUCCUAUUGGGGAAGAUUGGGUGGAGGAAGAUGGAGGUUUUAACUAUGCUACAGAUCUGGUCAAACACAUUCGCUGUGAAUUCGAUGACUACUUUGAUAUCUGUGUUGCAGGUUACCCCAUGGGCCACCCAGAGGCAGAGAGCUACGAAGAUGACCUCAGGCACCUGAAGGAGAAGGUUGAUGCUGGUGCACACUUCAUCGUCACCCAGCUCUUCUUCAGGGCAGAAACCUUCCUCAAAUUUGUCAAAGACUGCCGAGCCAUUGGCAUCACCUGCCCCAUUCUCCCAGGAAUCUUCCCUAUUCAGUUUGAAUCUCCGUUGUUUGCACAGGGGUAUCACUCACUCUGUCAGCUGGUCAAACUCUCCAAACUGGAAGUGCCGGAGGAGAUCAUGCAGGUGAUUGAGCCCAUUAAGGAUAAUGAUGCCGCCAUUCGCAACUACGGCAUCCACCAGGCGGUGGAGAUGUGUAAGGUUCUUCUGGCCAGCGGAGAGGUCCCGGGCCUGCACUUUUACACACUCAACAGAGAGGUGGCCACCAUGGAAGUGCUCAGACAGCUGGGCUUAUGGGCAGAGGAUCCCCGGCGACCUCUGCCCUGGGCCGUCAGCGCUCAUCCGAAGCGUAAGGUAGAAGACGUCAGGCCAAUCUUCUGGGCUUCCCGACCCAAAAGCUACAUCUACAGAACACAAGACUGGGAUGACUUUCCCAAUGGAAGAUGGGGUAACUCUUCGUCACCAGCCUUUGGUGAGCUGACAGACUACUACCUGUUCUACCUGAAGAGUAAAUCUCCGAAAGAGGCCCUCCUGCAGAUGUGGGGUGAGGAACUAAUGAGCGAGGAGAGUGUUUAUGAAGUCUUCACCAACUAUAUCACCAGCAAAACCAACCUCAAUGGACACAAGGUCAUGUGUCUGCCGUGGAACGAUGAUCCUCUGGCUCCGGAGACCAACCUGCUGAAGGAUGAGUUGGAGAAGGUGAACCGCAGAGGGGUUCUGACCAUUAACUCUCAACCCAACAUUAACGGCAAACCCUCAUCUGACUCCAUUGUGGGCUGGGGCCCUGCGGGGGGAUACAUCUUUCAAAAGGCUUACCUGGAAUUUUUCACAUCCAGUGAAAAUGUUACUGCACUUCUGCAAGUGCUGAAGAAAUAUGAACCUCGCGUGAACUACCAUAUAGUCAACGUUCAGGGCAGGAAUACUACAAAUGCACAUGAUAUGCAGCCCAACGCUGUGACAUGGGGCAUAUUCCCCGGUAGAGAGAUCAUUCAGCCCACCGUCGUGGAUCCUGUCAGCUUUAUGUACUGGAAGGAUGAGGCUUUUGCACUGUGGAUUGAACAGUGGGCGAAGUUGUACGAGGAUGAGUCACCCUCACGAAUGAUCAUUCAAUACAUCCACGACAACUACUUCCUCGUCAACCUGGUGGACAACGACUUCCCGCUUGACAGCUGCCUGUGGCAGGUGAUCGAAGACAUGUUCACGCUCCUGGACUCCCCUCAAGAAACUCAGGAGGAGGGAAGUGAAUCUUAGCAUCACCAAACUCACAAAGUUUGCUUGCGCUGCUAUUGAGAUGUCUGGACACACGCACAUAUGGAGUACUUUACUGUAACGACAGUGUUUUAGUCAGUUUCAGAGCUUAAUUCGACAUUACUCCCAAUGCAUAGGGAAAAAAUCAUGACAAAUGUAGCACAACAGAAGAUGAUUCAAGUUGAUCUUUAAAGGGUCUUUUGUUUGCAGUUUUGGCUGCCUUUUUCUUAUAUUUUUAUCCUAAGUUUUUAACUAUUUAUAGACUUUAUUUUGGAUAUGGCAUAUGUUCAAUAUAUGAUUGUCAAAGCAAGGAACUCAUGUACAGUAAGCAGGUCAAACGUGUGGACACAAAUACAGUAUAUGGUUACUGUACAAACAAGCCAUAUUUUCCUCAAAAAACAAAAAAGUAACAAUUUUGUUUAAAGGGAUAGCUCACCCAGAAAUUAAAAUUGUAAUUAUUCC